UAUCGUUUUAACAGCAAAGCAUUCAUGUUUUUACAACCAAAUCCUAAACCCAUUACCCACACAAACAUGUUAUAUAGCUUCUGGUACUAAACUUCUCGAUUCAUCACUUCAAUUUUCACGGAUUUUCCCGUUACAGAAAUGUUUGUCAAACUCCAGUUUGAUACCAGUUGCUUCAACAUUUUAUGCUCUACCAAAACUUCACUGCCCAACAUCAAUGGAGCUUCACUUUCAGUUUCACUUUCUCCUAUAGAAAAACUCGAACCCAUCACCAAAACUAAGCAUCAAAGGCUUCUCGAGACUCCCAAUGGAGGAGGAACCAAGAAAUUCAAUGGAGGUCGAAAACAGAGUCUUGAUAAUCAGGCUGAGUCAAGCAACCAGACUUUGGAGAAAAACCCGGAUAGAGAAAGGAGAGAAAAAUCGAGGGAAAGUUUCAGACUUGCGAAUAAUAGAGGAAAUUUUGGUGUGGUUAAUGGGAAAAUUUUGGUGGAUAAAAUGCACACCAAGUGUUUGACGAAACGGGUUUCUUAUGGAGGUUGUAUUCCAGCGAUUUUGGGAGCUUUGGAGAACGUUAAGGAUUUGGACGAGGCAUUAAAGCCAUGGGCUGAAAAGUUAAGUAACAAGGAAAGGAGUAUAAUUUUGAAGGAACAACCAAAUUGGGACAGGGCUUUAGAGAUUUUUGAGUGGUUUAAGAGAAAACGAUGUUAUGAGUUGAAUGUAAUUCAUUAUAACAUUAUGUUUAGAAUUCUUGGUAAAGCUCAUAAAUGGGGUUAUGUUGAGAAGUUAUGGAAUGAGAUGAGCUUUAGAGGGGUUGAGCCUAUUAAUUCUACUUAUGGUACUCUGAUUGAUGUUUACAGUAAAGGUGGGAUGAAGCAACAAGCUCUUUGUUGGCUUGGGAGGAUGAAUAAGCAAGGAAUAGAGCCUGAUGAGGUAACUAUGGGGAUCGUCGUGCAGUUGUAUAAGAAAGCCGGCGAGUUUCAAAAAGCUGAAGAGUUUUUCAAGAAGUGGUCAUUGAAUGGAUCUUUGAGGCAUGAAGGAAGUGAAACAUCCAGUGCAGUGGGAAGUGAUUCACAUUUAAGCUCGUAUACAUAUAAUACCUUGAUAGAUACAUAUGGCAAGGCAGGGCAGAUUCGAGAGGCUUCUGAAACAUUCGAAAUCAUGCUUAGAGAAGGGAUUGUUCCAACUACUGUUACUUUUAAUACUAUGAUUCACAUUUGUGGUAACCAUGGACAGUUGGAAGAAGUGGCUUCACUGAUGAAGAUGAUGGAGGAGGUUCGGUGCCUACCCGACACGAGAACAUACAAUAUUCUCAUAUCCCUUCAUGCUAAGUAUGAUGAUAUAAAGAUGGCAGCAGGUUACUUUGCAAAGAUGAAGGAGGCCUGCCUUGAACCAGAUCUUGUUAGUUACCGCACCCUCUUGUAUGCAUACUCGAUAAGGCAAAUGGUUAGUGAAGCAGAAGAGCUCAUACACGAAAUGGAUGAAAGACAUCUUGAAAUUGAUGAAUAUACACAAUCUGCUCUUACCAGAAUGUACAUAGAAGCUGGGAUGCUCGAGAAGUCAUGGUUAUGGUUUAGGAGGUUUCACCUUGCAGGGAAUAUGAGUUCAGAGGGCUACUCUGCCAACAUUGAUGCCUUUGGGGAGAGGGGACAUGUUUCCGAAGCUGAAAAUAUUUUCUUGUGUUGCCAAGAAAUGAAGAGGCUUACUGUCCUCGAGUUUAAUGUAAUGAUUAAAGCUUACGGAAUAGGGAAGAGUUACGAUAAAGCAUGCUGGCUAUUUGAUAGCAUGCAGAGUCAUGGUGUAGUUCCGGAUAAAUGCAGUUAUAGUUCUCUCAUACAGAUUUUGACGAGUGCGGACUUACCACACGUGGCAAAAGGCUACUUGAAGAAGAUGCAAGAAACUGGACUUGUAAGUGAUUGCAUCCCAUAUUGUGCUGUGAUAUCAAGUUUUUUGAAACUGGGAGGAUUGGGAAUGGCUGAAGGAGUAUACAAUGAGAUGAUUCAGUCUAAGGUGGAGCCUGAUGUUGUUGUCUAUGGCGUAUUGAUAAAUGCUUUUGCUGAUAUUGGGAGUGUUAAAGAAGCUAUGAGGUACGUUAAUGAAAUGAAAAGUGCUGGAUUGCCUGGAAAUGCUGUUAUUUACAACUCAUUGAUUAAGCUUUAUACGAAAGUUGGUUAUUUAAAAGAAGCACAGGAAGUUUACAUGCUUCUCCAGUCGUCAGGCUUCUGCCCUGAUGUGUAUUCGUCAAAUUGUAUGAUCGAUCUCUACAGCGAGCGUUCUAUGGUUACUCAAGCUGAAGCAAUUUUCGAUAACUUGAAGCAAAACGGAGAUGCUAACGAAUUUACAUAUGCAAUGAUGCUGUGUAUGCAUAAAAGAAAUGGGAGGUUUGAAGAAGCCACUCAUAUAGCUAGACAGAUGAGAGAACUGGGACUUCUAACUGAUUUGUUGAGUUACAACAACGUGCUUGGAUUGUACGCCAUGGAUGGGAGAUUCAGGGAAGCAGUUAGACUUUUUAAAGAAAUGGUGAAUGCUUGUAUUCAACCUGACGAUGGUACAUUCAAAUCACUAGGAUCCAUUCUCGUGAAAUGCGGAGUUCCAAAGAGUGCUGUUAACAGGCUGCAAGUUUCAAGGAAGAGGGAUGCUCAGAGUGGUUUGCAAGCAUGGAUGGCCAUCCUCUCCUCAGUGGUUGGAAUGGAUGAAGAUGAAGAUGAUGAUGACUAUGCUUAGAUUAUCUCGAUCAGUGUAUAGCCUAGAGAUGGUCUCAUAGACCACUUCAACCAAAGGCCUCACAACUGUAUAGCUGGUAGUCCGUGGCAAGUUAUGUUAUAUUACUUGAACUAAUUAAGCUGCAUAAUUAUGUAAAUCAAGUUGUGUUUUUUUUCAUAUGAAUGCAAGAUUUGAUGAAAUGUCA